AAAGAGAGGAAUGGAGAGGAGAGUGGAUAGGAGAGGAGGGGAAUGGGAGACGGAGAGGAGAGCAGAGGAGAGGAAAAGGGAACGAAGAAACGAGAGAGGAGGGCAGAGAGAACAGUGUGCCUAGUAGGUAGGGCAUAGAACGACUGUAGAAACUUUUUCCCAAGGUCUCCUAAGAGCGCCACUUGCUUCAGGCCUACCAUAAUUCGACAGUGUAAACUCUUUGACUGUAUCGCUCACUUUCAGAGCGUUCCGUUGUAGAAUGCUCGACUAAUAUAACUGCAUAUUAUCAGCGAUAUCUAAACGUUUCACAAACUUCACGUUAACCAAUUCCUUAUCCCCGAAGCUUUUAAUUAUGUAAACACUAAAGAGAAGUGGAGAAAUAACGACUGGACCUACAUUUCAAAAAGUAAUCAGAACGAAAAACGGUGUCUGGUAUCUAAAGAGAAGGAAGUUACGCUGUGCCACGUCCAACAGGAAAAGUGCGGAAGAAAACAUUUGAUGCGCAUCUCUUCUUGACCACGAAGGGGGCAGCAGCCAAACCUUUAACAGUUCUCCAUUCACUCGCACUGCGUUUGUACGCACUCGAACUCUGUCAAUACCAAUGCUAUUUGGUAAUAUGCGAUUGUUUCCAUGACGAGGAUCGCUACAUAACAUGCCGACGCUCACGACCCGUGUGCGAAAACUGAUAACACUUACCACAAUCCUACUGGCAACUCCGCCAGGAUUCUCUUCAGACCUUGAACUCAAGGUGGACUCAAGAGUGACUGUGUCCGUUUGGUCAAGCUUCAGCGGCUGGGGACUAGAGGUUGACGGCUGUAACAACACUCAACAACAGGCCUGCUACAACCCCAUUGCCAGAUACAACCUUCUCCUGCCUCCCGAGGACGCUCACCCACACAACCCUAGGGACGGAGAGGGACUCACCCUAACUGUCCUCAACCAAAGAAAUGCUGCUGUCGUCUUUCACAAGGUGUUCCCGCUCGGUUACUACUGGGCGCACUAUGCUGACCUACAGUGGCACUUGGAUCGCGUGGCACCCGGACGUAUCCUCGUCCUCACGGUAGCCGUCUCUGGCACUGUGGGACUCCGCCAAGCAGCCCAUCAACUCGCUCGCCUCGGUUCCCUCUUCGCCUUGCACCUCACGCCCAUGGCACACUGGACCUGGGUCUUCGUCAAGGGCGGCCGCACCAUCUCGGAGACGGUCAUCCUUCAAGGACUAGCUCAACACCAAGCGCACCUCAUUCUGCCCCUCUCCGAUCUACCCACGCCCACUACUCCCUCCAAUCAAACGCUGCAGCAACAACGCUGGCACUACUGCCUCCGUCACGCUGCCAUGGGCGGACUUUGCGAUGAGCACACUCCGGACCCGCUGCCACCGCCCUCGCCGCCUACCCUCCCGCACCAAUCCGCCCUCGCCGAUGUGCCCGUCGUCGUCACAGCCGGUGCCCGCCACCAGUAUCUCUACCACACCCUCAAUACCCUUCUCACUGCCCCAGGGGCGCAACGUAACAACGUGCUCGUCGUGCUUGGGGACGCACCACAGCCUACCACACAACUGCUACGUCUCAUCAACGUCAACUUCACCAAAGUUCCUGUUCACGGGGAAGGCAACCUCAAACUCUUCCGUUACUACCGUAGCGUCUUCCAGCUGGUGGCUCGCACAUUCCCCGACGCCCCUGCAGUCAUUUUCCUGGACGAGGACGUCGAGGUCUCCCCAGACUUCUUCUCCUUCAUGAGCCAGACUCUGUGGCUGCUCCGCGAGGACCCCACGCUCUACUGCAUCAACGGUUAUGGAGGAUCCAAAGAAUUAUCAUACGAUGAGACACAAGUUCUCCGUUCCGAUACACAGGUUUCAUGGGGUUAUGCCGUUUCGCUUGACUUUGUGCGCGAAGCUUUGACGUACUGGCAAAUCAAACAAGAGGGCUCUAUGUAUGAUUACUGGCUGUACAGCACUGUGGCCAAAGGUCGUGAAUGUGCAGUGCCUGUUCUGAGCCGCACGCGCCACUAUGGCAUCGGCAUGAAUACUGAAGCCUGGAUUCACGAAUUUUUUUUUCUGAAUAAUCCAACUGUGCAGGUGCCUUUGGUCCAGCUGGAAGAAGUGGCCCGACUGCAACUGCCACUCUGGCGCCUGCACCUUGAAAAUAGUAUCCGUAAUGCCACGCCUUUGAAAGCUAAUCCCUGUGGUUCCGGGUUUAUUCCUAAGAGUGCGAUCCCCAAAAUUUUGGUGUUUUACGUAAAUAUGAAUAUGAAAAGCGAUGGUUCUCCAGACAUCAGCGAUUACUUUUACGUGGCUCACUGCGUGGGCACGUGGGGCCUCUCACCACAUGGAUUACACGAGGGCGUCCGAACCCUGCAACCCUCCGAACACACUACACUGCACAUUGUGGGCGUUCCUUACUCAUCCUAUUCUUACCUCCGCCCGCCAACCUUACAACCAUGGACAUUGAAGAACAUAAGUGAAUCAGAAAAGAAUAUCAUUCUGGACAGCUUUGCGGCUAGGAGUAGGAUCAACACUAACAAUGACAAAUUAACAGCAGAUGAUUUAGUACAUUUUUUUACCACCCCAGGUCACACUAGUAAUGAGUGAGUGAAGUGACUGACAAAUACAUGAUUACAGGAAUCGAUAUGACAGCAAAUGAGGAAGCUCACUUUUGCUAAGAAUUUUAUGGAAUUUUAAGUUAGGAACUGACAGCUAAUGCGAAUGACUGACAGUGUCGGUCAUGGAGAUAGCGUGGCAAGUAAUCACGUACAGCUGGCGAUUAAGUUCAUAUUACAAAAGGCCCUGGAAAGCAAAUGAGAACUACUACAACGUUUGGUAAUUGUGAGCACUGAGGCAGUAACUAAAAGCAUGUCUGCGAGCACCAUUGAAAACAAGGAUAUCUGUCUCUAUGUAUGAAUGUACUUACCUUUUAUAGAAUAAACUAAAAAAUAAGUAACGCGAGCAUAAUUCACAAAUACCUCAGAACAGUAUUAUAAUUCUUACAGAAGUAUUUUAACGUAGAAGUUUGAAGAAAUACUACCCUUUGGAUAUCACGAGAAAAAUGGUGCAUCGACACUUGAAUUAAAUCACCUAUCAUUGCAUACUCUGACCCUGCAUUUGCAGAGGAAGAGCAUGGCCCUAGCAUUUACUGCCGAUGUUGAGGCAUUAAUACCGUAAAAGAAAGACGAUAGGCCGGUAAACAAUUGAGAACUUAAAACUGGACUUGGGUGGCAAUUAGAGGUAGACGGCAGGUGAAAGUCCUGGCCUGAAGGCAAGACAGGGCAAUGGAGAGUAGGCAUGACAGGGGACGCAUGACGGCGGUUCCUGCGGCGACCUUGAGGCACCACCGCCAAGAGAGGCCGCGUCACGCCGCUUGCACUCGCUUCCGCUGCGCUCCUCACUCCCUCUCCGCACCUCAACAUCUACGAUCCUUUCUCAUCCCUAGUAAGCUUAUGUUCAACUAUUUCGAACAUCCAAGCUCAUGGCUCAGCGGUUAUCCCCUUGGACAAUCACCUGAAUAUUUCCCCAGGCACAAAAUCAGAAUACACCCGUAUACCUCAUCCUGUCCUCCAUUCUGCUAUCAGACGAGUACAGGUAUGCGUCAUGGGAACCGAAGACGGGGACGCAGCGAUCCAUGGAAGUGUGGGAGGAACUGUCAAGCCCCGGGGUCAGUGGACCGGAUCAUCUAGGCC